UUUGAACACUGUCCACAGAGGCCGCAUUUUAAAAGGUCAUUUCAAUACAAUGAAGAGUAUUAAACGCAACAACGGCUUGCAAAAUAAUACGCCAAGCCAUUUUUGCAGUGGAUCUUGUGAAUUUGUGAAUGAAGGAGCACAGAUUUGUGGAUAUCAUUUUCCUCCACUUGUGAUCAUCAUUGCCACAACUGCUGGAUUGUUGUUGACCUUCACUGGGUUGAUGUCCACCAUUGCCUUUGAUUUCAGGGUUCAUGCCUGCUUGGGUGCCAUUUUCCUAUCUUUUGGAGAAUACCUGUUCCAGAAAGCAAACACAAAUUACUAUUAUCAAUUUUUCCUACCAGAAAUUAGUCAAGUUCACAAGAAAUGCAAUGAAGGGGUCAACUCUCAAGGGCCAGAUCCGUGUUUCUGUCGGUUGACCUUCGCAUGCACAGACUCGUCGGUCGUCGUCGUCUCGUCAUCAUUGUCGACGCAGGGAUCGAGUCCUUUGUCGCAAAUCAUGCGCACAAUCAGGUCUUCCAGGUCCGCGUGGUUGGAGCCGCCACUCGGGGAAAACUGGCGCCUGGCCUCGAGUUCUUCAGCUUCCACGUCUUCGAGAAUCUGGCCGUCUCCGUGGUCGUCGAUGAAACUGACGUUCUCGUCGAACCGCACCCGUUCUUCCAGGCUGCCGGAAUCUAAGCUCAACUGCGGAAAAAGAAGAUACACCCUCAACAUAUGUUCAUUCUACACGAAACGCCAGCCACUGACUUGUCUAUCGAGAAACCCUUUCCUCGCGGACCCGCGGGUCACGGAACGGCGUCCAAAGAAUAUUUCGUCGCCGGUUGAGAAGGACGACACGGGCGACACUGAAGCGUUGGUUCCAUGGGCGCCGCCGUGCGGGCCAGUGGCGUCCACGCUCUUCAGAGACACAGCUUCGCCGACGGAGCCGGCCAGGGCCACGUUGCUGGCCCGGUCGUCGGAAACGGCCACGACUCCCGACCUCGCGUCCGAGUGCCUGUCCGAGGAAAUCAUGCUCACGACGGCCGACACGCUUUCGCUGCUCACCGAGUUCCGUUUGCCCACGUGGCUCGUCACGUCCGCCAACACUUCCAUCCUUCCAAUCAAUCAACCCCACGACACUGGACGCAAUCGACCCGGCCAAUGCCGUCAACGACGCCGUCUCGUCAUGCCUGUCCACCGUGUGACAACUGGAUCCGUCGCCCAACGACAGCGUCAUCGACAUGCCCACGACGCUCGAGCCCUCAGCCAUCAUUUCAUUCGCACCCGACGGCAACCGACCAUCCGUGUCGUCCUCUUCUUCCGACUUUCUCCGAAUCUCGUCUCCCAUGGCGGCCAGUCGGCCGGAAAUGCCGUCUUCCGCCUCGUCGAAGUCCAAUCGGACGCCGGAUGCGGAAGUGGAGAUGCCGCAGACGCCGGAUCGGCAGAGCGACACCGGAACGACGCCGUAGACGUACGCCAACAGCAUGGGGACUCCGAAACCCACCGCGGCGCCGGCCAAAAAAAAAUCGUACGAUUAAACCCAAAGAAGAAAAAAAAAAGCAGUGGAAAAGCAAUUUACCGAAGCCACGACUCCUCCAAAGAUGAGCAUGUUCCGCUUGUAGCCAGAGGGGUAUUCAGUGUUCCGGUAGAUCCUACGACCCACCAACACAGGGAUCCCAAUCACGAUGGCUGGAACUGCGAUCCCAGCGAUGAGAGCGAUUCCCAAGGGAGCUCCAAUCAACAUCCCGAGUUGCCACAUGAUCUUCUUCUUCCGAGACCAUGGCUUUUUACCCCAAAACAGAAUGACAGUGACGAAGAUCUAAAUCGUGGCUCCCGUUCUGCCCUGGCAGCAUCGCAGCAAAACUGCAUACCACAUCCCGGUCGUUUGCACUUGAGCUUCGGGCACGAAGCACAACCAGCAGCAAUCACGGCAAAGGAGCAGUCCGGAGCUGGACACCAGCGAGCAUCUGGAUCUCCAGCCAAGACCCUCCUCAGCAUAAAAUCCUCGUAUUUGAUCACCAACGGCUUAAUCACUAAUGCUUGA